AUUAAUUAAUGUUUUUUCAUGAGAAAGUCAAAGAGCCAGGAGGACAACGUACUAUCCCCAGUGUGUCUCUCCAAAGGGUUAGGAAACAUUAGCACUUCAUUUUUUUCAAGUCAGCCAGAGACCAAGUCGACGGCGAUCAUGGCGCAGCUGACGGUCAUUGCCUUCUUAAUCGCUGCCGUCGCAUCGGCAAACCCUGCAGCCUCAUACACUAACCACACCGUGGGCGACGCCGCCGGCUGGUUUUUCAACGUCACCACCAACACAUCCGCCGCCAAUUAUUCCGCCUGGGCCGCCGGCGUAACUUUCAAUCUCGGUGACUAUCUCAUUUUCAAUACGAAUACAAAUCAGACCGUGAUCCAGACAUACAACUUGACGACCUACCAGAUCUGCUCCACCGACGACGCAUCGGACAACGAUACGUUCCAUUACGACGAAGGAAGCAGCCAAUUCGGGGCGGCGUUGACGGUGGCAGUUCGGUUGACCAUCGAGGGUGCAAACUACUAUUUCUCCGACGCGGACGAUGGUGCCCAGUGCCAACAUGGCAUGGCUUUCGCGAUCAAAGUCAAUCACGGGGUCGGCUUGCCGCCGAGCCUCAACCAGCCGCCGCCACCGCCAUACAUGGAGCCUCCGCCGUCAAACCCCGACCCGACCCAGUCGCCGCCGAUGACCGUGGACCAGGCGCGGCAGAACGGUGGUGCGCCGCGGACCAGCGUGAAUGUGCGCAGGGCGCUGUAUUUGUUCCUGCUCUCAUUUGGCAUUGUUACCUAUCUGGUGUGAUGGAGUAGGAUGGAGUGUCUACUGGGAGAUCCGGUGGGAGCAUUUUAGGCAUUUGGUUGUGUCGGAUUAGCAUAUUCUUUGUUUUCUGUUUAAAUCUUUUUCACGGUGAAGUAACAAAUUGUGGACUGCAAUACAAUUCAGGCAUCUCAAUUUUGGCCA